GUGAGCGCAGUGUCAGACAGCAGCACAGGAUCUUUCUACCAGUCGGGACCCUAAAGAGCUCCGAGAACAAGGCUUUCUUUCACGGAAACAGGACAGGACCAGGAGAGGGAUUGUCUUUAUUUCUGUCUGAGAUCAAUCCGUGACCUCUUUCAUUGUACACGGCAACACCCUGUAGGAAAAGAAGUGAUAGUGUUCUUUUAUCAUCCAAUUACAACUGAAACCUGGACACAAGUCCCACGGCAGCACUCGUCCUGAUGUCGCAAAAUUCAGACUCCAAGCCCUAUCACUUCACGGCUCUGGAAGGCCAGGACAGAGACUCGUGCAGCUCCAUGCCCAGGGGAGCCUCUGGGUGCAGCUCCAUGGCGCAGCUCCACCGGAUGGGUGGCUACAGCCAAGGUGGGGCAGACUUAGGCCUCCACUCGGAGGGCAGUGAUAGCAGCGGCCAGGAUCCUCCCGCCUCAUCGCACAAGCACCGCAAGAACGCCCACUCCAGAUCGCUCCCCGAGGAGGACGUCGAGAUGAAGAGCAGCGGCUCCAGCGGGAGUGGAACCGAGUCCCACGGCAAUGAGAGCCACGGCCACGAGUCGGUGGGCAGCUCCAACGGCACCAGUAAAGACUCUGCACUGCUGGAAUCUUCUGAAAGCAACAAGAGCUCGAGCUCUCACAGUCUGUCUCCUCCCAGCAGCUCAAACGCCUUCAGCCUGCUGAGCUCGGAGCAGGACAACCCUUCAACCAGCGGCUGCAGUAGUCAGGAGUCUGCCAAAGCCAAGACCCAGAAGGAGAUGAUUAAAACUCUGAAAGAGCUGAAGCUUCACCUCCCCGUCGAGAAGAGGCACAAGAGCAAGUCCUCCACGUUGAACACCAUCAAGUACGCACUGCGCUGUGUCAAACAAGUGCAAGCCAAUGAGGAAUAUUACCAGCUGCUGAUGACCAACGACGGUCAACCUUCAGGGCUGGAUGUGUCUUCUUAUACGAUCGAGGAGAUGGACAGCAUCACUUCUGAAUACACACUCAAAAACAACGACAUUUUUGCUGUGGCAGUUUCCGUCAUCACAGGACGGAUAGUCUACAUUUCGGACCAGGCCGCCUCCAUCCUCAACUGCAAACGAGAAGUGUUCAAGAACAGCAAGUUUGUGGAGUUCUUGACGCCGCAGGACGUCAGCGUGUUCCACAGCUUCACGACGCCGUACCGGCUGCCCUCCUGGAGCAUGUGCACUGGAGCAGAGUCGUCAUCGCCGCCUGACUGCAUGCAGGAGAAGUCCUUCUUCUGCCGUAUCAGUGGCGGUAAGGAGUGCGAGGGCGACCUGCAGUACUAUCCGUUCCGCAUGACCCCCUACCGGAUGAAGGUCCAAGACACAGUGCAUGAGGAAGACCAGUUCUGCUGCCUCCUGCUGGCGGAGAGAGUUCACUCUGGUUAUGAUGCACCCAGAAUUCCAACAGACAAACGCAUCUUCACCACCACGCACACUCCGAGUUGUCUGUUCCAGGAUGUCGAUGAGAGGGCGGUUCCUCUCCUCGGGUACCUCCCUCAGGACCUGAUUGGCACAUCGAUCCUCCUCCACCUUCAUCCCAAUGAUCGACCGAUUAUGUUGGCCAUCCACAAAAAGAUUCUUCAGUUCGCGGGACAACCGUUUGACCACUCGUCCGUCCGGUUCUGCGCGCGCAAUGGAGAAUACAUCAUUCUUGACACCAGCUGGUCCAGUUUCGUCAACCCCUGGAGUCGCAAAGUCUCCUUCAUUAUCGGGAGACACAAAGUGUGCAUGGGUCCUGUGAAUGAAGACGUUUUCGUGGGCCCGGUGUCCGCUGUCCGUGAGAUGAAGACCAUGGAUUCGGACAUCCAGGAGAUUACUGAGCAGAUCCAUCGGCUCCUGCUACAGCCGGUCCAUAACAGUGGCUCCAGUGGUUACGGUAGUCUGAACAGAAAUGAUCUCGUGGGCAUGAGCUCCUCCAGCGAGAGCCUCAACAACUGCAGCGGGAGCAAGAUCCGACCAAAGGAGGAGGAGGAGGAGGAAGUGGAGGAAGUGGAGGAAGUGGAGGAACUGGAGGAACUGGAAGUGGAAGUGGAAGUGGAAGUGGAGGAACUGGAAGUGAGAGCCAGAACGCGAACCUUUCAAGAAAUCUGUAAAGGAAUCCACCUUCAGAAGACCCAGGAGCAUCAAACAACCAAACAUGACAUCAGGAAAAGCAGUAGCAUAGAGUCGAUCCAGAAGAGCUCAACGGUGGUGCGGUCCAAAGACUCAGCAGCUCCCCUCCACUGGAAGGUGACCGGGGCCCCGAUGGAGGAGAGUAGGUCCUCUACCCAGGAGGAGACGGCCUUCAAUGAUCCGAGCGUCUCCUCCUACCAGCAGAUCAGCUGUCUGGACAGCGUUGUCAGGUACUUGGAGAGCUGCAAUGUUCCCAUCACAAUGAAGAGGAAGUGCCAGUCUUCCUCAAACACCACGUCCUCUUACUCGGACGAGGACAAACGCAGAGGGCCUCACCGCAUGCAGAUGCCUGAAGAACCAGCCUUGUUGAAGGAUCAGUCUGCUCUCUCCGCUUUGGAUGAUCGAGACAAAACGUCCAGUGACGCGGCCACAGCAGCGGGGGGCACUUCGCUGCCCCUGCCUGUACCUAACAAACCAGAAAGCGUGGUGUCCAUAACCAGCCAGUGUAGCUACAGUAGCACCAUAGUGCAUGUUGGGGACAAGAAAACUCAACCAGAGUCAGAGAUCAUAGAGGAUGUCCGAGGAACAAGAGAGCCGGUAGAAUGCAGCCAGAGCUCCAGGGCUCCUCUUUCUGUUGUUUCACCUCCUAGUCAGGAGAGGGAGUCCUACAAGAAAUUGGGGUUGACCAAGCAGGUUUUGGCGGCCCACACGCAGAAGGAGGAGCAGACCUUCCUGUAUCACGUCCGAGAGCUCCGAGGACUCACAGCGCUCAAAGAAAACUGUUCUCAGUACCUGGAGCGUCAGAGAGAGCAGAUCGCCAGCGACGCUGCACCUGCUGCUCAAUCCUUCAAGCAGGGCGGGCCGACUGCAGAGCGCCACGCGCGGCGAGGCACGCGGCACAGGAAGACCAAGUCGAAGCGAGCGAAGCAGACGGAGUCCUCCGACAGCACAGUGUCCCAUCACAGACAACACCAUGUGCGGCCUCGUCUUCUGAACCACGGCCUGAACCCAACCUCUUGGUCUCGCUCUGACACCUCACAGUCGACCUUUCCCAUGGCCUACCCCUCCGUGAUGCCAGGCUACCCCCUACAGGUUUACCCCACAGCCAGUGCCAUAGCGCCCCGCACGGACGCCACUCUGCCACUCUUUGGGGACAAUCAGGGCACCCAGGCCCCUCCCUGUGCCCCGCCCAUUCAUCCUGCUCCCUAUCCCACCCCGAUGGUCGCCCCCAUUAUGGCCCUAAUGUUGCCCAUGCCCUACCCUCCGAUGGCCCCCGGACUGCCUCCUCCACAGCCAGUGUACCACGCCGCGCCUGGUGGCUUCUCUGCCCAGUUGCAGCCAUUCGGUCAGGCGGCCUAUCCAGGACCGGUCCCCUUCACGCCGCCACCUCCCUUCAGUGUUCAGAACCAGUUCAACCCGCAGAACCACUUUGCCCUUCAAGCAGACUACCUGACCCCGUCGUUCUACUUCCCUCCAUCCUUGGAAACCUCGAUGCCCCCCGUGAUGGAGGGCCAGUCUUGCGCCUCUAUGCCUCAGUCAGGAGGAGGCGGCGGCGGCCCGGCGUCUCCACCCCUCUUCCAGUCCCGCUGCAGCACACCCCUCAACCUGCUGGACUUGGAGCUGUCUGUGGACCGACAGGACAGCACAGUGCUCUCUUCUGGAGGACAAGGGAAUAAUGCAGCUGAAAGGGAGAAAAGAGCAAAUGGCAACCAGGCCAUGGAGAGGGAGCUGAAGCCGCCGUCUGUCAGUCUCCUCGGUCCACCCUUGUAUUGCGAGGGCUCGCCCCGUGUCUGUGAGCGCUUGUCUUGGGACAAAGUGUGCUCUCGGCUGAGGGCUCGCAGCAAAGAGGCAAGUUCACGCGGCGACGGGAACAACAGUGACGCAAACUCUUUGUCCAGCGGCAUGUUGGACAUUAUUCUCCACGAGGACUCCUGCUCGGGUACCGGCUCAGCCACCUCGGGGUCCAUCGGCUCAGGGUCCAACGGCGGGACGUCCAACAGCGGGACGUCCAACAGCGGGACGUCUAAAAGCCGGACGUCAGCCAGUGGAACCUCCGGCAGUGGAACAGGAAGCAACAACAGUAGUAACUACUUUGGCAGCGUGGACUCCUCCCAGAACAGCAAGAAGGUCAAAGGUCACUCGAGCGGCAGCAAGGGAAGGCCUGUGGAGAUGGACCAGAGAGAACACGUACCACUGCAGGACCCGCUGUGGCUGCUCACCGCCAACACAGACGACAAGGUCAUGAUGACCUAUGAGUUGCCCUCGCGUGACAUCCAAAGAGUGCUCAGAGAGGACCAAGAGCAGCUGAGGCUGCUGCAGAAGAAUCAGCCGCGUUUUUCAGAGGAGCAGAAGAAGGAACUGAUGCAGGUCCACCCCUGGAUUAAGAAGGGGGGUCUUCCCAAGGCGAUAGACAUCAAGGUGUGCUCCUGUUGUGACGGCGCCUCAGGGGAAGUGGCUGCAGUGGCGGAGGAUCAGCGAGACCUGGACAUCGGUGACACGGAGACGGGGGAGGUCGGCUGCCAGCGGCGGCCCAGAGAGGAACCCUCUCACGCUCUCUCAUGAGUGAGACUCCUCCAAAUGACUUGCUGGUGUUGCAUUUAGUCACUGAAAGGAAAGUGCAAAAUAUAGACAUGCUCCUGCAGCAAAGAGCAGGCACGUACUCACCAGCAAUGGCUGCAGCCUAUAUCGCCCCAUCCGUCCCCAGUUGGAAACCAACUCCUCACUCAAGUAAAAGUAGCAAAAAAGACAAAUCCAUUCGAUGCAAAAAGUACAAUAUCUCCCUCGGAGAUGAAGUGAUAAGUCCAUACGUUACUGAUCCUUAGUCAUGAUGGAGGGGGAAACCCUUUGAGACUGCACUGUGAAGUUGUAUUGUUUCUGAGAAUGUAUCAUUACACAUUUCCAUUUUUCGAGCCGCCUGUGCCUAAUGUGCCUAAUGUACCUAAUGCAGCAGUUUUUCAUUCUUUAUGAAUAUUUCCAUGCAGCAUUUGUAUCGGUACCAGCUGUGAAACUCGCCUCAUUUAAAGAAACUGUUUAUUGGAUGCAUUUCAAUGUGUGUGUGUGUGUGUGUGUGUGUGUGUGUGUGUGUGUGUGUGUCUGUAACUGCCUUUGACUCUGAGCAUAUUUCUCUAUAUAUUUUUAUGUACACCGAUUGUUUCUGUGUGAAGAGAUUUCUGUUUUUUUUUAAAUUUAUUUAUGAAAAAUGCGUCUUUACAAAAGAAAAAACGAAGCGGGACCAAGAUUAUUAAUGCAAAUCCUCUUCUUUUUUUUAAAUGAGAUCGUUAGGACAAAUCCCACCCUGGACUGGAGCUUAUUGUGAGUGAUAAACAUAAAAUGAGGAGAAUAUUGAUGUUUCCCCAGUUUUGAAAGUGUGCGACAUAACACUUGAAAUGUCCUGAUGUUGCCCCUCAUAAAUAUGGGAAAGAGCCCCCUGAGCAUCCUGUGGAAGUGUCUGAAGCUCAUUACCGUUUUGUGUGGUCACCUCAGAAGUCGAAGUUUAGGGUUAUUGCACUGGUAUAAAGCAGUGUGGAGAGCUUUCCUUCACUUUGAAGCUGUAUGACGUCAUGUGCGCUCCUCGGCCACGUGGAACAUUUUCCUGAAUUUGUAAUUUGUCUUCCUGUGAGACGCUGACAACAAUGCACCUUAUUUUAUU